CAUGGAGGAACAGGAGCAAGACAUUAGACUGGAAAGCUUCCUGAAGUGGGCAUCAGACCUUGGAAUCUCAGACUCUUCAGGAUCCCUCCCAUAUGUCUGUCUGGGACAUUCUCUCUCCCUCGCUUACUUUCCUCUCGCUGGCGGGCGCCGCUGGUGGAGUUAGGUUUAUUUGUUGGUUUGUCUGUUUUUCUGUUUUUAAACUUUACAGUUUACCAAAUAAAUUAAUUUAGGAUUAUGAGCUUAUUUUAUUUCCCUGUGUUUUUUUUUGGGUAACCAAACACGGGGUAGGGCAAUGGAAAGUUAUUAGUAUUAUUGGUAGAAGGUCUUGAUCCUCAAAGGUUCUGUCCUAUCAUAUCUUCAUUUGUUAAUGGGAGUGCUGCAGUAGAGGUCUGGGUGCUGUGCGUGAUCUUAGGAAGGGGGAGCUAAUUCUCAGAGUUCCUAAAUCCGCUUUGAUGACGAGGGAAAGCCUACUGAAGGAUGAAAAACUCUCUGUUGCUGUCAGUAGGCACCCUUCUCUAUCCUCUACCCAGAUAUUGACUGUUUGUUUGAUAUAUGAAAUGGGUAAAGGAAAGAGUUCAUGGUGGCUCCCUUAUCUGAUGCACUUGCCCCGCUGCUAUGACAUAUUUGCAACUUUUGGUGAAUUCGAGAAGCAAGCUCUGCAAGUAUCUGAUGCUAUCUGGGCUGCAGAAAGGGCCAUAUCAAAGGCAAGAUCAGAACAGAAUGAAGCUAAUCAACUGAUGGCAGAACUUAAUCUUAAGCCUCAACUUCUGACCUUUAGGGCAUGGUGUUGGGCUGCUGCAACAAUAUCCUCAAGGACGUUGCAUAUACCAUGGGAUGAAGCUGGAUGUUUAUGUCCUGUGGGAGACUUAUUUAAUUAUGCUGCACCAGGAGAGGAGACAUUUUGUUCUGAAGAAGUAGAUGGUCGGCUGUGUGCCUCAUCCUUUCAGGCCACUUCUCUGUUAAAUGGGGACCGUGCACAUAAGUCAAAUGUGGAGGUCUUGGAUGCCCAUGAUCUGAGGUUGACUGAUGGUGCGUAUGAGGAAGAUGUUGCUGCAUAUUGCUUCUAUGCUCGACAAAAUUAUUUGAAAGGAGAGCAGGUUCUUCUAUGCUAUGGGACUUACACGAAUUUGGAGCUCCUUGAACACUACGGGUUUCUUCUAAAUGAAAAUCCAAAUGACAAAGUUUUUAUUCCCUUGGAACCAGAAAUUUAUUCCUCAUGUUCAUGGCCGAAGGAGUUGUUGUAUAUUCAUCAGAAUGGAAAGCCAUCUUUUUCCCUGUUGUCUGCUUUGCGAUUAUGGACAACCCCACCAAGCAAGCGGAGAUCUCUGGGACAACUUGCUUAUUCGGGUUCUCCACUAUCUACAGACAAUGAGAUACAGGUCAUGAAAUGGAUAGCAAAGAAAUGCAAUUUGGUAUUGAAGAAUUUGCCAACAUCAACUGAAGAAGACAGUUUGCUACUAAGUUCCAUUAACGAAAUUCAAGAUCUUCAUUCCGUUGUUGAGCUCGAGAAGGCAAUAUCCGCUUCUAGGGGUGAGAUCCGGUCAUUCUUAGAAGCCAAUAAGUUGCAAAAUGUAGCUAGUGGUAAUAACUUACUUCUAUCCAGCAAAGCUAGAAGGUCUAUGGAAAGGUUGAAAUUGGCUGUCCAGUGGAGGGCCAGAUACAAGAAAAUCCUGCUUGACUGCAUUUUUAAUUGCACGGAAACAAUUGAUUCUCUAACUUGUGGAAAGUAUUUACCAUUCAAAUUGGCCUAGUUUAACGUUCUCGGUUCUUUUUUCUUGCACAUUUUGUUCAAUUUUUGAUGCAAGGAACACAUUUGGAGUUGAUAGAUAUCAAAACUGCUUAACGAAUGAUUAUAAAAUCCGAUUGUUUAUUUUUUGAACAA